AUGAAAUGUUCUGCGUGCCAAGUAGAGAUAGACAAAGACAUCAAAACUCACUAUGCUUCUGAAGUGCAUAAAAUAAAUGUCAAGAGACAAAUCUAUAGUGCUCCUCCGAUAACGGUUGAGGAAAUCAAUGGGGACCAUCUGAGCGAUGAUGUGUCUUUGGAGAUUAAUGGCCUUGAGGUUGGAGAGAGUGUUUUCAAGAGGUAUGCUAAAAAGAGAAGUCUGCCCAAGCCAGAAAACACUUUGGAAGUUGCAUGCCUGUUUUGCAAUUUUCCAGAAAGUGACAACCACUACAGAGAGCAUGGCCUGUCUGACGAAGAAAUUGCAUAUAUCAGUAGCAAGGUCUGUUAUGUGUGUUAUGAAGCUUUCAGCGAGCGUGAUAGUCUUGGAAAGCACAUUUCUUCCGGAAAGCACAGGAAUGUGGUAACCGAUGGCGUGAAUCUCAUAUUGGAAAACGGCAAGGUUAUCCAAGGAAAGGGGCGGCUCCGGGCGAGAGAAGAAGAGCCCAUCCCGAGACUGGAGAGGAGGGAAAGAACCACUCUUGUAAGAAGAUUGGUGCAAGAUGAUAGAAAUGAGUCCGCAAAAAACAAGAAUCGUCUGAAGGUUUCUCUUUCCAUGAACUAUCAGCCGCGCUUCAGGCCUGACUGGAUGCAAUAG